AGCAGCGUCACUUGGCAGCCACUUCACACUGAUGUCUGCUUCUGAGAUGGCUGAGCAGGGACAAAGGAAAAAACUGACAAAAGCAGAGAGGGCAAAGUUGUUACUGACAAAACAAGCUUUCCCCCAAAAUGCAUUUUUCAUCUUCAACAAAGCAACAGAGUUUGUUAGAGAAACUGGCAUUCAAGGAAAUGAUCUUUUGGACCAGAUGCUCCACAGCAUCUUGUUCUUAGGGAACAUUCAUGCUGCAAGGUACCCCCCAGAGGUCAUCUUUGCGGACGAGGACAUAUAUGAUAAAAGCAUGUGUGCUUUCCCUACACCAUUCACCAGAUACAGAGAAGAUGUACCUCAGCGGACACCUUUCUCUUACUUUCUGGAAUUGAUUGUAAGAUACUGCGGUGAACACGAAGAAGAAGUGAAAGCUAUACUUCGUGAAAUAUUGAGGGGAUGUAAAAAGUCCGACAUUCAAUACCCCUUGAUUUCAUCUGUCAUUUCCAUCUGUCAAGUGUCCAAUAAGAGGUACUAUGGGGGGUCUCUGACCUGUCCAGGUGAAAUAGAGAGAGAGAUCAUGACUGCUGUGUCCUGCCUGCAUGUUUGGCAUCCCUAUGUUUCAUCCGCUGUUUUGGGUGUGUUUCCUGAAGACACAACUGAGCCCAGGUUUCCAGAUGGUGCCAUAACACUGCCAGAUUCAGUUGUGUGUAGGGCCUUUGACAUAGAGAACCUCAGCGAGGUGAAACCUCCUUGUGAGCGCUGCCAUGAGCUUUAUUCUCUUCCCAAUCACACAAAUAACAGAAAUAACCCUGGCAACUGUGCUGAAACAGAGGCAAUAAGUAACCUCCUUGUAAAUGAGGAAGGGGUCACCGACGAGACUCAAAUGAAACAAGUUAUUGUUGCAAGAGAUGAGGUUGAGAAGAGAAUGAGUGCCCAUUUCAACAUUAAAAUGAAUGACAGGAUGUCAGGAAGGUCACCGGAAAAUCAAGACAGUUAUGACAUCAAAAGAAAAUAUGUUUAUAACUCCAAGGCAAGCUCAUGUUAGAAUAUUCCAUAGUUGAUUGAUUUGAAAUAUCUCAGUAAGGAAAGAAAUGUAAGAUGCCCUUAAUCAGCUUCAGGACAAGUAAAUAACAGUUCUUACGACACAAAAUGCCUGCAUAGAUAUCAAAUGUAUUUUUGUUCUGUGUGAAGCUGUACAGAAUAAAAAUAAUAAAUCAUUCUUGUAUGCUCA